AUGAAAAAGAAUCAAUUUGGAAAUGAAGAUAUGAAAAUUUCAAUAGAUGAAACAAACUCCAGAUUACCUGGAGUCCAAGAGUUGCGAGUCGAGGGAGGCACUGGCACGCGCCCCUUUUGCGCCCCGAGGAUACCAAAGGGUCACACAACUGGUCUCUCCUUAAAUAAUGACCGGCUGUACAAACUCACAUACUCCACUGAAGUUUUCCUUAAUCGGGGCAAAGGAAAACUCCAAGACAGUGUGGGUUACCGAAUUUCAUCCGAUGUGGACGUCGUCUUACUGUGGAGAAAUCCUGAUGGUGAUGAUGACCAACUGAUCCAAAUCACGAUACAGGAUGUAAACGUUGAAAAUGUGAAUCAGAAGAGGGGAGAUAAGAGCAUUUUCAAAGGAAAAAAUCCAUCCAAAAUCAUAAGAAAAGAAAACCUGGAAGCUUUACAAAGACCUGUGCUCCUGCAUCUAGUCCAUGGAAAGGUCAAAAACUUCUAUGCAUAUGAAGAUGAGCCAGUUGCCAUAGAAAAUCUCAAGAGAGGCCUGGCUAGCCUAUUUCAGAUGCAGUUAAGCUCUGGCACCACCAAUGAGGUAGAUAUCUCUGGGGAUUGUCAAGUAACCUACCAGGCUCAUCAAGACAAAGUGACCAAAACUAAGGCCUUGGAUUCAUGCAAAAUAGAAAGGUCUGGAUUUACAACUCGAAAUCAGAUCUUGGGUGUAACUUCAAAAGCCACAUCUGUCACUACCUAUAAGAUAGAAGACAGCUUUGUUAUAGCUGUGCUGGCAGAAGAGACUCAUGCUUUUAGGCUGAAUUUUCUACAAUCCAUUGCAGGCAAAAUAGUAUCAAAGCAGAAAUUAGAGCUGAAGACGACUGAAGCAGGCCCAAGACUGAUACCUGGAAAGCAAGUUGCCACCGUAAUUAAAGCAGUUGAUUCAAAGUACAAGGCCCUUCCCAUCGUGGGGCAGGUCUUCCAGAACAAGUGUAAAGGGUGCCCUUCUGCAGUGGUAGACGCCAAGAAGUUAAUCCUGGGAGGACUUGAGAAAGCGGAGAAAAAAGAGGACAUCAUGAUGUACCUGCUGGCUCUGAAGAAUGCCCUGAUUCCGGAAGGCAUCCCACUCCUCAUCAAGUAUGCAGAGUCAGGAGAAGGACCCAUCAGCCACCUCGCUACCACCAGUCUCCAGAGAUACGAUGUCCCUUUCAUAACAGAUGAGGUAAAGAAGACUUUGAACAGAAUAUACCAUCAGAACCGUAAAGUUCAUGAAAAGACCGUACGCACCACUGCAGCUGCUAUCAUUCUAAAUAACAAUCCAUCCUACAUGGAAGUAAAAAACAUCCUGCUCUCUAUUGGGGAGCUCCCAAAAGAAAUGAAUAAAUACAUGCUUGCCAUUGUUCAAGACAUCCUGCGUUUUGAAAUGCCUGCAAGCAAAAUGGUUCGUCGCGUUCUGAAGGAAAUGGUUGUUCAUAAUUAUGACCGUUUCGCCAGGAGUGGAGCCUCGUCUUUCUAUACUGGCUACAUAGAACGUAGCCCCCAUAAGGCAUCUACUUACAGCCUUGACAUCCUUUACUCUGGCUCUGGCAUUCUCAGGAGAAGUAACCUAAACGUCGUUCAGUACCUUGGGAAGUCUCAUCUUCAUGGUAGCCAGGUGGUCAUUGAAGCCCAAGGGCUGGAGGGGUUGAUCGCUGCCACUCCCGAUGAAGGAGAGGAGAACCUUGACUCCUAUGCCGGCUUGUCAGCCAUCCUCUUUGAUGUUCAGCUCAGACCUGUCACUUUCUUCAACGGAUACAGUGAUUUGAUGUCCAAAAUGCUGUCAGCAUCUAGCGACCCUGUCAGUGUGGUGAAAGGACUUAUUCUGCUAAUAGAUCAUUCUCAGGAGCUUCAGUUGCAAUCUGGACUGAAGGCCAAUUUGGAUGUCCAAGGUGCUUUAGCCAUUGAUAUUUCUGGUGCAAUGGAGUUUAGUCUGUGGUAUCGUGAGUCAAAAACUAAAGUGAAAAAUCGGAUGGCUGUGGUAAUAACUGGUGAUAUCACCGUGGACUCCUCCUUUGUGAAAGCUGGCCUGGACAUCAGUGCAGAGACAGAAGCAGGCAUGGAGUUUAUCUCCACAGUGCAGUUUUCUCAGUACCCAUUCUUAAUUUGCCUGCAGAUGGACAGGAAUGAAGCUCCAUUCAGGCAAUUUGAGACAAAGUAUGAAAGGCUGUCCACAGGCCGAGGAUACGUCUCACGGAAGAGGAAAGAAAGCCUGGCGGCAGGGUCUGAAUUCCCUCUCCACCAAGAGAACUCUGAGAUGUGCAACGUGGUGUUCCCCCCUCAACCUGAGAGCGCUUCCAGUGGUUGGUUUUGAAACUGAGUGGUGAUGUUUCACUUGUAUCUGUCUUCACAGAAGGGAUAUGAUGUGACACGCCUAAGUGCUUGCUCUCUGAGAGCACGGUGUUUACAUUUAUUUAAG